AGAACCGGCAGAGGGGAAGAGCUUGCGACAGAGACGGUCAUAUGGCGCCCGAGUCGGAACAGGGAUGUCUUAUGUCAUUUUUCUUCGCGAUAUUCUAACGGGUGUCCCGAGAGUCGUAACCGGUGAGCUCGCGGCCUUAACCCCGUUCGAAUGUAGAUUUUUCGUGAAACUUUUAUUAUUUUGUCGGUGGAUCGUGCGCGCAGCCUGGCAAGCCGGCCAGCCUGUCGGAUUUCAACCGGGCGACCCCGUUUAAGGAGCAAGAUUUUUGCGGAAUUUUUAUCGUUCUUUUUAUUGUCCUCUCCUUUACUACCUCCACGUCCGAGGAAGUUACCCGGGGAAUAGUAACUUUGAAUUUUACUGGCGCGAAGGUAGUACGUAUAUCCUUCUCGCGGGGCUGAUUGGCGGAAUGAUAAUUGGAUCGCGGUAAGGGUUUUUAGCGAGUGGAUCUCGCUGCGUACGUUGAAACGAACACGACCCUCUGUCUUUUUAUUUUCUGAGAUGCCUCUAGAAGCAAAGGAAAACAUUUAUUUCAGAGUUUAAUACGUUUAUUGAAAUUUUCUUCGUUCCGGUAUCGAAACAACGAGGUACUUUUCAACGUGCGAACUAAAACGCCAAGUUCCAGGAAGUACGUAACGAUAAAACACGUAUGGAUUUUUUCCAACUUCUCCUUUCGCCUUUCAUUAAGAUUAUCAUCGGCGAAGCCGCGAAGGUACGAUCGCGAUAUCCGUACAGCGCGCGAGUAGCGCCGAUUUCGGAACGCAUUUGUACGCGUUCCAUUAUUCAUCCGCGGUAAUGACACCGAUCUCGAAUAUUACGUAUCUCGCGUGCCCGUUAGAACUAUGCGUCGAUCCUUCUGUUCUCGAUGAGAUUGCUUUAGCUUCUUGGACGCUGUUCUUUUUUUCUCCUUUUGCUUUGUCGUCUUAUUUCACUCGUAUGUUUGUGGUUCCUGGUGGCGAUGAUUCCUAUGAAAAGUUUGCUCGUUGAAUGAGAAAAAGGUAGAGAGGGAGAAAGAGAGAAGCUAUCGAGCUGGACGGAUUUUCAAAGUUGGUUCCCUGGAGCGCUAAUCGAGCCGACCUAUGUAGCUAGUUUCUGGAUGAAAGAGGAAGCGGUCCCGUUCGCAGCCCGCGGCUGCUUCCAGAUGCAGCGUUUUGAAGAUCCGCCGCCACCGACGCGGACUCGAUUAUCAUAAUAAAAUUUAAUUGGCACGCUACGUCGUGGCCAAUCGUAGCCAUGCCUUUAAACGGCCUCGAUUUUCUCUCGGGCUGUUUUCCCCCCGAUCGUUUCUGUUUCGUUCCGAACUGAGCUUCAAUUCGUUUGGUUAAAUCCGUAAAACGAGCAACUCGGAGCAUACCGAACGUGAACUUUCCAACGGUAGAGAGAUUUUCGAUUUAAUUGCAUCGCGUGUAAUGGCUUGAAAUUUGAUAACGCGUGUUGCGUGUUAGAGGAGACAGAAGGAAAAAGAGAGGUAAGAAGAAAUACGAAAGCCGUAGAGGAUAAAGUAAAAACGAAUGUCGGUUGUGACAUACUUCUGUGACAUAUAGUUGUAGUAAAAGCGGUAUAUUUUUUCGACGCAAAGAAGAGGAGAAAUGACGUUAUUUCCGAAUGAUAUUCAACGAAAGUGCAUUCCACCCAACUAUUUUAUCGAAAACGACAUUCCAUUUAUGUAAUUCUUUUGGUUAUUCGCGACUUUUGCGUUGCACGUUAAUUCGAGGAUUUCCUGCAGUUUUGACCUUUGUGCGAGCAAAGAUGCGAUAGAAACUAUCAAAAUGUGCUGACGAGAGGCACGACUGCCUUUGGAGGAAAUUCAACAACUCCAACUCGAUAACCCAGAUUUCGGUGUAGCCGCAUAACGUUCGGGGUUGUCAGGGGCCAGGUGGAAGGAAGGAAGAACGGAAGGAAUGUGCGACGAGUCGUGACCAGCGGAAGGCGGCCAGUCGACGAUACAUUUCCGGUGGUCGGCGGCCACUUGGAGCAAGUUUGCCCCUUGAUCGUGGACAAUAACGUGGGCGAGGACCGCUCGUUACACGCUACAUGCCCACGAAGGAUAUGGAUAGACGAGCGUCCUCAGCGCAGUUGGCAUUCGUGACACGCACCAUCGAUGACAUGAGCCACCAUGGGAUCCAUCGCUUCGCCGCACCGCGUCGCACCGCGCCGCACCAUGUCGCCAGGAAUUACGAUUCUCUAUAGGCACAUUUAUGCACCGAAAUCGACGACGAACCCCGAUGUCUCCACUGGCGCGUUCUCCUUGACGAAAACGGCCACCGGUAUACUCUUCAAGUUCAGCAACAUCGACGAUUUUCAGGCGGUCUACAAAAAGGGCUUCCACAAAGUCACCGGGGCACGCUUCUACAAGAAGGUCGCUAUACCCUGUAGACCGGCGAAGACGUUCACCGUCUACGUUUUGGACGUACCUGAAGAAUUACCCGAGGAGGAUAUUAGACACGCUCUCUACAAGUACCGGUCUAUAGUCGAAAUUACGCGGCUACCUCUCAACACGGGCACUGUUCUGAAAGCGAUCAACGACAAGUUGAAAAGCGACGCUCACAGCCAGAACGAGCCUGCGACGAUUUACACGGGGCCACCCGUUAUAAGGGUUACCCUGGCUAGCGUGGAAGAGACCUCGACGCUGCUCAGCCGUGGACUGGAUUUUUAUGGAGCCACAUAUUUCCCCACCGAAACUCCCCAUCCAGCUGCUCAGCCCCUGGCCAAAUACAAAAACAACAGAUGGCUCGAGCUGGCAGCCGUCGGUGCUGGACAAAGAGUCAGGGAUCUGCUUCCGGUCUUCGACAACGCUGGCUUCAACAAAUUACCACCCCCGGCCAGCCGGCUGAUAAAACCACAGAAAAACUGACACGUUCCUCGACUUUUUUCAUCCCCUCUUCGAAAUUCCACGCAACUGCCGUGUUCGCCACCUCCGAUCUUGAGUUUUAUCGCAUUUUAGAUAGGAGUGUCGAAGAUCGGUUUCAGGGGAUCGGGAAUGCGUUAAAGGAAAUCGGAAAUUCUUUGUUGCACCGUAACAUAAUCGCGUUUGUGUGAUACUUUUGUUAACCGAAUUCCUUCAUAGUGCAGUAGAACGACGAAGAAGGCUAAAGGGAACGACUAACAAACUAUUUCUUUGAUUCGUCGAGCCAGAUGUAAAAAUUUGUAACAUCGGCCGCUCCUACCUAAUGAGUGUUAACAAUUCGGUUAUGAUUUCUAUGCAGAUGAACAAUUACUCGUUCUAACAUUAAAAUUAAGUAAUUUUCAGAAAACGGAAUUGAUCGGUGUUUGGUUUCUGAUUGGGCGUUAUAGUACAGCGUUACGGUAUCGUAUUCCAUGGUUUGCCUAACUUUCUCUCGUACUACACUGUGAGAAAGUUAACAAUUUGCUCGAUAGGUUGACUCGGUAAUCUACCAGGUAGAACGAUUCCUAUGCAAAAUCUUUUUUAAGAUACAUUUUGAACCAUUUGAAGAAACGAGGUUUUACCACUUACGUUUUUCGUUGAUGGUGAAAAUGUAUUUAUCGCGGUGAUUUGUGCCUGAACCUGAAAGGAACGGUGAAUCCUGUGGAAUAGCGAAUAAAACUAAAUAUUGAAAAAAGGUAUGUCUUAAAAGAUAAGCUUUUAUCGAAUUCAUAUUCAUAUUGUAAUAAAGACUCAAACUGGUAUUACGUUUAUUAAUCUCAGCCAUACCUCUGAUCAAAGAGAUUCUAGAAUAAAGAAGAUCAUUUCAUGUUUAUUCUAUGAGCGCUUUUGUACAAGUUAUCGAUAUUUAUAGAGAUCGUUCUAUCUGGCUCUUCCUAAAAUGUUCCUAUUUAUACGUAUUUCUUUCGUAUGUGCAAGAAUAAUAUUUAAUUGCAAUAACGAAUCGCUGUUCCUAUUUAAGUUAUAUACUACGAUUCAUAAAGAGAUUUCGUUCAGUCUCUGACAGAUUGAAAAAUUUACGUAUGUUGAAUGAAAUAACAUUUGAAUAUAGAAUAUUCUAACACACAACAUUGUUAUUUAAUACCUUAGCAACGAGGAAUCAGUUUCUUGACACUGUAUUAACGAAGAUAAUUUUACAUUGUAUGGAAAAUAUUAAAAUUUUGAAGUCAC